CGUUCUUCGUACGUCGCUAACUCGGUUAGCUGGAUUUGAUUGUUGACGAUUUGGCAUGAUCUUGGAUUGUUUGGUUCUUCGAAGCUCAUCCUGGACUUGCUGUCAUAGCAACAGGUCCGUAAGCUUGAACCUGCUCGGGAGCAGGCUUACUUCAUGUAAACAGGAUUAGAUCACGGCUUUAUAAGCGGAGGUGAUAUGGGAAGUCUUUCGCAGACAUGUCUUGUCCGUUUUUACGUCAGGAAUGCGUUGCUGAAGACUGCACACAGGUCCCCAUCAAGGCCCCACCUGGCCCAAAUGAAGGGGAUUUUUUGAACAGAAAGGGAUUUCACAGUGUAAAUGUGCAAAUGGUGUGCGACUCCAUGUUCCACAUCACAAAUGUGGAAGCCACAUGGCCUGGUUCUGUGGGUGACUCCAAGAUUUUCAGAGAGUCACAUUUAUGCACAUUAUUUGAACGUGGUGCUGACGAUGGGAUCCUGUUUGGCGACAGGGGCUAUGCCUUCAGGCAGGCAGUACUUCAUGACACCAUUCCCUGGACCACAAACCCGUUACAAUGCAGCUCUAGCCAGGACAAGGCCACGCAUUGAAAUGACCUUUGGCCAACUAAAGGAAGAUUUCAGUGUCUUAAGGGUCUGAGGGUUGCACCUGGAGAGGACCCCUGUGGUGGAGGUGCAGCCUGAUGAUGACCUCCAGCCAGUGCACUUGGACCAAUAGUGGCAGAGCUGCACAGGACAGUAUUGUGGAACACGAUUUUAUGAAUUCUUUUUUUUACACAUAAACUUUCAUUAAAUGAAUAAUAGAAGACAACA